GCGAAUCGGAACUACAAAAGGCCUGGCACACGACAGCCUCAGAUUCAUUCUGCGAUCAUCGGUUGAGCGCGCGCGUUGCAAGUCCAAUAACGUUAUCUCAUCUUCCUCACGAGAACAGCAACGGCAUCGGCAUCCGUUCUCGCGACAGGUUUUCAAUACAUUCGUUUAUCACCUAUAGCAGCAGGAACACCCACCCCGUCAAUUAAUCGUGUAUCACAGAAAUAAGCCAGGAUGGGUUUAUUAAUGGCUAGUCUGGGCCUUUGUCUAAUCUUAAUAGGCAUGCCAUUGCUGGUUCUCAGCCAGAAUAGGUGCUUGACUCUAUCGGGGUCUACCGGACAGUGCAUUCGCGCCCAGGAGUGUCCUUUUGUAAACCAGCUCCUCAAUGUCUAUGGCAGAAGCAUCCCAGACUAUUUUCGCAGUCAAUUGCGGCAAAUGACGUGCAAUAGCGGACGAGGUGGUGCAUACGUGUGUUGUCAGAUCAACACGUUGGUUCCGCAAGUUCAAACAAAAACACAAUCCACCGAUAUAAACAGAAUCGAUCAGCAGGGCUUAAGAUUACUAAACUCGAUCACGCAAUGUGGUAAUCAAGGAAACCCCAAAGUCUCAGGUGGUAGGCCAGCCAGACAAGGUAGUUUCCCCUGGAUGGCACUCCUCAAGUACGACAUCGACGAUCCACGACCAUUCCGUUGCUCCGGAAGCCUUAUAACCGAGAAUCACAUCCUUACCGCGGCCCAUUGCAUUGUCCAGCAGCCAGAUGUCAUUGCUGUUCGUAUGGGGGAACACGAUCUGGAGACUGAGAGGGACUGUGCUGUUUUGGGUGGGACCAAAGUUGUCUGCCAGGAGUACGAGGACUAUGAGGUCGAAGACAUUCGAGUUCACCCCAACUACGUUCACGGACAAAUUCAUUACGACAUUGCCGUCAUUAAGGUGAAAGGCAUUAUAAGGCCCAAGUCGCACAUCAAGCCCAUUUGCCUGCCCAUCGAGGAGAAGUCCCAGGAUUUGAGCUACAACCAAGACUUUUACAUCGCCGGUUGGGGUCGGACUGAUAAAACGGACGAGCCCUCUGUACUCCAAAAGGCCAUUAUCCAACGAAAGGGUCUGGACGAGUGCCGGCAGUUCUAUGGUAAUGACGAGGUGAACGACAACCAUAUCUGUGCCACGGGUAGUGAACUGAAGCACACCUGCCAGGGGGAUUCCGGUGGCCCGGUUUUUAUUAAGCAUCGCUUCAAGAACUCCUUCCGAUUUGUCCAGUAUGGAAUCGUUUCGUUCGGAGAGAAACGGUGUGGCCAGAACCAAAAUCAGCCAGGCCUUUUUGCCAACGUACUGGACAUGCUACCCUGGAUCACCCAGAACCUACAAUAGAUCGUCGAUCAACCCGAGAUGCCUGGCUUUGUCACAAUUAUUUACAUUUAUUUAUUUAUAUAUUCUAAACACCCGUACUCUAAAAAGCUCUUGCCAUAGAUAAUCUAGAGGACUCAUAAGUUUUUUGACAAUUUUUAAUAUAUUUUAUAAGCACCAUUAA